AAUAAUAAGCCAACUACCGACAAACUAAAGAUGACAUGUGCGUGGAUGAGCAAGUAAACAACACAAGUCAUCUCAAAGGAAACUCAUCACACCAAGAUCGUCUGUGCUUUGUGUUUUAUCGUAAUUUGUUUGAGUUUCACCGGAAGGUUAAUGCAGAAUAGAACAUGAAGGUGGUAGCCCUGAUCAGUGGUGGUAAGGACAGUUGCUAUAACAUGAUGCAGUGUGUCGCUGAGGGACAUCAACUUGUGGCCCUGGCAAACUUGAGACCAAAACAAACCGGUGGAAAAUCUACCCCUGAUGAACUGGAUAGCUACAUGUAUCAAACGGUUGGCCAUCACGCUAUUGACCUGUAUGCUGAAGCUAUGGGUUUACCUCUGUAUAGAGGCUGCAUUGAAGGAACGUCCAUGGAGCAGGGUCGAGAUUAUGAACCCACUGAGGGAGAUGAAGUGGAAGAUUUGUACACACUGUUACAGAAAAUUAAGAAUGACUUGGGAGUUGAUGGCGUUUCUGUUGGGGCAAUUCUGUCAAACUAUCAAAGAGUUCGAGUGGAAAAUGUAUGUACCAGACUUGGACUUACACCAUUGGCCUUCCUAUGGAGACGAAACCAAGAAGAGCUACUGAAGGAGAUGAUAACGGCUGGAGUGGAGGCUAUCAUCAUCAAAGUUGCAGCUUUAGGUUUAGAGGCAAGUCAUCUUGGGAAGACUUUGCAAGAGAUCCAGCCCCAUAUGAUGCGUAUGAAAGAUAAAUACCAGUUGAAUGUUUGUGGUGAGGGAGGAGAGUUUGAAACCUUCACGCUUGACUGUCCGCUAUUUUCAAAGAAGAUGAAAAUCAAACAUCAAGAGGCUGUUAAUCACAGUGACGAUGCAUUCGCAUCAGUUCACUAUCUUAACCUUCUAAGCAUGGACCUAGAAGACAAACAAAUUGAAGGUGAAAGCUUCUCUGACAGAUUGAGGCAAGUUCCAAUGAAACGAGGAACGGAUCUACAUCAAGAAAUGACACAUUUAAUGGUUAAGGAACCUGUAGACAAUCCUGGAGACAUCGACAAACAUAAAUACCAAGUGGAGGGUUUGGACACUGUUGCAGGAGAAAGAUCACCACCUAUUUGUAAAACGUGCCAUAAUGGUUACAUGUGGAUAUCUGGUAUAGCAGCAACACAUCAUGAUGACAGGACAAUAGCUGAGAGUACAGAGCAAGCAAUGGCAGACCUUAAAGAUGUUCUUGCUAACCAUGGAUACAGUCUGUCAGAUGCAGUAAUAGUUCACCUUUAUGUUCAAGAUAUGUCCAAUUUCUCUAAGAUCAACUCUGUCUGGUGUAAACACUUCAAGAAUAACCCACCGGCGAGGGUCUGUGUUCAAGUCAGUUUACCACCUCACACUGCGUUACAAAUUGAUUGCUUAGCUCAUAAAAACACUGCUACACCUCAUGAUGAUGGUGACAUGAUGGUAACCCCACCAGUCCGCAACACAAUGUAUGUACAGAGUAUAUCCCACUGGGCACCAGCUAACCUCGGGCCUUACAGCCAGGCUGUUCAGAUUGGUGACCUCAUAUUCUCAGCAGGAACAAUAGGCCUGUGUCCAAGCACCAUGCAACCAAUAGAGGGCGGUAUCACACCACAGUGCGCACUCUCUUUACGCAGCUUAAAGAGGGUCCUUGCAGCUAUGGAUCCCAAAGUGACAACAAGAAACGUUGUUGGAGGUGUGUGUUUUGUAACGGAUGCACACCACUUGACUGUUGCAAGGCAACACUGGGAGCGACUCGCCAAUUGUGAGGAGGAAUUGUGUACAGACUCCCCACCCAGCAUGAUUUGUUAUGUUGUAGUACCUCGCCUGCCAAAGGAAGUCCUAGUGGAGUGGCAUGUAGUUGCUAGUAUCAGCUCCGAACCAUGGCAUUAUACUACGAUGACAGUGAACGGCAAAGCAUCGUCAAGUGAACUGCAGAUGAUGCUCAACACUCAAAACUCAUCAGGACUCAUCACUUGCAAAACUACCCUACGCACCGACACAGAUUGCAACGUCUUAGUUGAUGAUUUUCUUUGUGCAGUGGAAGUUUUUCUUACAGAAUGGACUUAUUCUUGGAACAGCGCCCUCAGUGUUAGACUGUUCUACCGACAAGAAUUGUUGCAGCAUGAACAGCUUCUAAGUGUGCUUGUUACUGGACUGGGUAAGUCAUCGCCGGUCUGCCCAGCGGUAUGUCUAGUACCUGUUCUUAGUUUGCCAGGAUCAUAUGCUCUCACAGCCUUAAUAUUCCUUCAGCAGUGAUGCAUCUGACUGGAUUAUGCUUAACCAUGGAAUAUGAAGUUUAACAGUGCCAUCGCUCAACUACACCAUCACUCAGUCUUCAUGGCUCUGGUCAAACUUGUGGGAAAGUGAAAUCCCAGGGCUUUAAUUCAUAGAGCCUUAAAGGCAGUGGACACUAUUGGUAAUUCCUCAAAAUAAUUAUUAGCAUAAAACCUUACUUGGUGACGAGUA